AGUUCAGUCGUCAAAGUUCCCAAGCUGCGCUCAGUUUCUCUCGCAUUAUUUUCGGAAUUUAAAGGAUUAUCGAUUAAUAAAAUAUGCGUAUAAAAUCUCUUUACCUUUCCAUAUAUUUCUGCGCGAUUAACUGAGAAUUAAUCGGGGUGUAAAUAUAUCCGUUGCACGUAUUGACGUAUUGACUAUUCAAUCAAGUUAGAGGUUAUUAUAAAAUCGUAAUAAUAAUGUUUAAUUUUUCCGUGCCAUAUCGUAAAAUUAUACUGUGCAUUAUUCUAUUAUCGAAAUAUUCCGCUGCUUUUGAAAAGCACUGGCUUCCGGAUUUGGAAUGGCAGACCGCAAACAACUGGGUGGAUGGUCGCAUUCCAGAAAUUGACAAUCGAGUAAUUUUCCCUCAACAGACCCGACAUGCUGUGGGUGUCGCCGCAACUGACAAUUUAAGGCUAUCCGGAAUCGAUUUGCCUAGACAAGGAUUAUUAGUCCUAUCUAGAAACGGUAAACUGCAGCUGAGCGAUUCGAGGACGGACGCAAAGAUCAGUAAAUGGUCGAAGGAGGGUAAUUUCUUCUGGGCAGAUCCCGCAAAUUGGAACGGUAGUUCGAUAGCGGUGCCGCAUCUCGAGCGCGUUCCCUGUCGCCAGGACGACGUCGUUCUACCGAGCGUGAAUCGUACUCUAAGUGUCCUUUUACCUGUGAGAGAAGUACAAGUGAAAUCGAUUCGGCUAUCAAACGAGAGACAGCCCUUUCUCGAGGAGGAAUGGAUAGAUUUCCAAGAUCGUAGAGAAUUCUCUAGAAGUAGAUUUAGCGUCAAAUAUGCCGAGCUGUAUCUGACUAUGCACGAUUGCUCGAAAUGUUUCUGUCAGGGAAACUAUAUGAGCGACUAUCUCGAAGAGAUCUGCGCCAUCCAGAGACCAAGAUGCGGAUUCACGGGCUGCGAAUAUCCUCUUACAGUGGAAGGUCACUGUUGUCCUUAUUGCGGUGGACGCGUUUCCACGUCGAAGCAGAUUCCUCUAGUGACGGUACAAACCGCGGCGGACGAAGCUUUAGAAGGAUAUACGGACAAGAUUGCUUGGCAUACCAGACGCAGUUGGAAUGGAGGCGUUGAGAUCCUUGUAAAGGAGAAAGGAGAUUAUUCCGGGAUCACGAUACAGGAAGCAGUGGAUAAUCUGAGGGUGAUGUUGCAAAAGACGGGAAUCGAUGUGACGAACGCGGAGACAGCCGGAGCAGCUAUGAAAGAUUCUAGAUUGGCUGUUAUACUCGGACCCCUUCUCGGGACGCCUCUCGUCGCUAUCGCCCUUUUUCUAUUGCUCUUUCUGUACUUUGGUUAUUCCCUGGAACACGUCCUCUCGGGAUGUAUGGAAGCCGUCUCAUCCGUUCGUGAUGGAAUUCGGGUGGACAAGCAGAAGCACGGAUUCGCCCGCUUCGAAAACGUUCCCGAAGGCAACGUUCGGAUAGCCAACGUUCCUGGGACGAGCGGACGAGAGGCUGACAAUGACAACGUUGUCAAGGGGAUAACGCAAAUCGCGGGUGGCAGAUUCGAAAAUCCCCUGUACAGAUCUAACAAGAGGGAUAAGACGGAAAUACGCAAGAUUCUUGAUGCGCCUCUCAGCCUCGCCACCCUUAAAAGUCAAAUAGACGAUCAGCUGGAAACUAAGGAGAUGGAUACCGAGGAAUAAGAAUGUCAUUUUUAUUCAAUUACGUUAUGUUACGCUAAUUAAGUUUUACGAUCUUAAUUGUGGAAUUAGGUGAAAUUAUUGAAUGAUAAUAUACAUUACUUUGGACACUUUAGACUGGCUUAAGAAAGAUGUAUCACACGCGUCUUUUAUCUUCUUUUUGAAUAAAAUCAAGAUAAAUCUUGAGGAUUUAUGAAGCAAAGGCUUUUGAAAAAUUUUUCCAGGUGAAGAAUGAAUAAUACAUUGAAAUCAAUACUGUGUGUAUGCAUGUUUGUCUCGAAUCUAGAAAAUUUCGUUAAAUGACAGAUCUCUUACAUCUAAUAAGAUAUUAAAUAGAAAGAAGGAAACGAGAAUUUUUUUUUUCAAGAGAGAAAAGACAAAGCGAACAGGAGAUGUUGGCUCACAAGUAUUUAUUUCUUAUUGUCAGACGACAUUCAUUCGAAAUUGCAGCAUCGCGUGUUACAUCAUUCACGUGGUUACCGCGCUUUGUCGCGUAGACAAAUUAUACGCACACAUAAAUUCGACGAUGAUCGAAUAAAAUAUAUAUACAUAUAUAUAUAUAUAUAUAUAUAUAUAUAAUAU